CUUUCCCUGUCUUUGUCUCUCUCCCUGGAGUCUUUUACCUUACCACGUUAUUGGAUUGAAGCAUCAGAUUCAAGCAAUUUUUAGAUUAUAAAACCCUAAUUUAAUCAAUUUUAAUGCCCAAAGAUCGCAGUUUUACGUUUGAACUUAUUGUAAUUUGAAUCUGCAUUUCCCCUUUCUGCGCACACAAUUUGAGAGGGGGGGGUUCUUAGUGGAACGAAUCCUGGAGGAAGAGAGGAGGAGAAAUGCCAAGCGUAGCUGUGAAGCUCUAUAGCGUAUUCUUCAAGAUUCUCUUGAAGCACCGUUUGCAGAGCCGGAUUCAAAAUCCAUCAGAAGUCAAUCCGUUCGGAGUCACGUCUCGUCCCGAGGAAUCCGUUGCUGCGGCUAAUCCUUCCUUCACCGAUGGUAUUGCCACGAAGGACAUUCAUAUUGACCCUUCUACAUCUCUUUCAAUCAGAAUCUUCCUCCCCGAUUCGGUACUUACCCCACCUGAAGCCGAUUCUAAAAUUCCUCCCAAGGCUAAGCCUAAACCUAGGAAUAGAAGACUUGAUCUCGAAUCUGGAUCUGCACAGGUCGAUUCAGCGAAUCGCCAUACAAAUGGAUUACCUACUCGGCGUUAUAGUUUUGGUCCUUCUGGUGCACCAACCAGAGAAGAGCCCAGAAUGAAUGGUUACGGAGGGAGCAAUGACGUAGAGGGAUUAAAUUUGAUGACAAGCGGCGCAGUGUAUAGAGGCUACUCGCCGGAGUUAAAUAACCGUCGUAAAUUGCCGGUAAUGUUGCAGUUUCACGGUGGUGGUUGGGUCAGUGGGAGCAACGAUUCUGCUGCCAACGACUUCUUCUGUCGGCGAAUUGCCAAAGUUUGCGAUGUCAUUGUUCUUGCUGUCGGGUACAGGCUCGCGCCCGAGAGUCGAUAUCCAGCAGCUUUUGAGGAUGGAUUGAAGGUACUUAAUUGGUUGACAAAACAGGCGAACUUAGCUGAAUGUAGUAAGUCGCUCGGGUUACAAAGGGGAAGUGGAACUGAGUUUAAGAAACCUGACGCUCAUAGGCAUAUCGUUGACUCGUUUGGAGCUUCAGUGGUAGAGCCAUGGUUGGCCGCUCAUGCUGAUCCCUCAAGGUGUGUCCUUCUCGGUGUGAGUUGUGGUGCAAAUAUUGCAGACUAUGUGGCUCGAAAAGUUGUAGAAGCUGGCAAACUUAUGGACCCUGUCAAGGUGGUGGCACAGGUCUUGAUGUAUCCCUUCUUUAUUGGAAGUGUUCCCACUCACUCGGAAAUAAAAUUGGCGAACUCCUACUUUUAUGAUAAGGCUAUGUGUAUGCUUGCAUGGAAACUUUUUUUACCCGAGAAAGAUUUUGACCUGGAUCAUCCAGCCGCUAAUCCUUUAGUUCCAGGCCGAGGACCUCCAUUAAAGCUGAUGCCCCCAACAUUGACUGUCGUGGCAGAACUUGAUUGGAUGAGGGAUCGUGCCAUUGCUUACUCAGAGGAGCUACGGAAGGUAAAUGUUGACGCACCUGUUCUGGAGUAUAAGGAUGCAGUACAUGAAUUUGCAACACUUGACAUACUCAUGAAAACCCCUCAGGCCCAGGUCUGUGCCGAGGACAUCUCCAUUUGGGUCAAGAAAUAUAUUUCACAAAGGGGUCAUGAAUUCUCAUAUUGAGGUGGAUAUAACAUUUUAAGACGACGUGGAAAAUCUCUUGCUUUUGAAAUUAGCUCCAGAAGGUGCAUUCUACCACUACCAGGGGCUGGUGGUGAUAUAUUCCUUGAUUUUUUUUUUUUCUCAUGCUUGAUAAAGGCAUUGGUUGCCAACCAAUCGCAUGUUUGCUCCACUUGUCGGUUCUUUUUGUAAGAUAUAGAAUUGUCUAAAAGUAGGAUUAGUUGAGCCUUGGAGAUGCAUUCAUCUCAUGUCACACCCCCACCAUUGGAGGUUCCUGUAAUCUUGAGACCUUUUUGUUUGGUGUAUUGUAUGUAUGACGAUAUACUCUCUCUCAUGAAAAGAUGCCAAAAUUGAGUGAAACUGCUCUCGACGGGUAU